AGUACAAAAAACACUAAAUAUUUUAGUUUUGUUACUUCCGCAGGUCCGUGCGGAGGUAAGACUUCUGGACUUGCCGUGCUCACGCAAUUUUUUGAACAGGCUGGAUGGAAAGUAUAUCGUGUUCCAGAGACAAAUGCUAUUUUAAUGAAUGUUGGCGUUAAGUUUGGAGAAUUAAAAGGAGCGGACAGUAAGAAAUUUCUGUUUCAAACAAACAUAAUGAGGACGACGAUGAGAUUGGAAAAAACAUUUUUUGAUCUUUCGAACACUUCGUCUGUUCCCUGUUUGGUACUUUGCGAUGGAGGGGUUAUGGACAUUGCCGCACACAUCAGCCACGACACGUGGGAGCAGUUAAAAAUGGACAAUCACUGGCAUGAAGUGUACUUGAGAGACAGGAGGUACGAUCAAAUUAUUCACUUAGUGACGAGUGCCAAAGGAGCAAGUACUUUCUACCAGGCGCAGCACAAUCCAAUCCUGGAGAGCAUUGAUCAAGCCAUUAGCCUUGAUGACCGAAUCGCAGAUGCCUGGCUUGGACAUCCGUAUUAUUAUAUUAUUGAUAAUUCCACAAAUUUUGAGAAGAAAAUGUUACGAACUUUAGCGGCUGUUUGUUUACGUGUUGGUGUUCCAUUUUCGGAUGGCAAUCUGAAUGAUGUAAAGAAGCAAAAAUUUUUGGUGGAUUCGUUGGGAAAUAUGUUGGUUAACUAUCAGGAGUUUAUUUGCGUUUACAAUAUUUUGACGACUGGCAAGCCUCAUGUGCAUGCACGAGUCAAGAAGCAAGGACAAAACGGUUAUUGGACGUUCAUUCACUCAGUUGAGCACGUUCCUCACCAUCAGGAAUCGGACUUCUCAACUCGUAUAUCGGCCACAGAAUAUAAGCUUCUGUUAUUGUUGAAAGAUCCGGAGUACAGCGAGUUGUGUGUAAAAAGCAGAUACUUUCUUUGGAAAGAUUUAUAUUUUAGGCUCGAUAUUUUUGAGGAAAACAAUCCCUCGAGGUUAUCAAAAUUUGAUACUUGUUUCGGAAAAUAA